GUCAGCUGUUUUUUGAUGUGUAUGCAUAAUCAAAAUAAAAAGAAAGAAAAAAAUAACAAGAUUAAGAAUACGCAUUUAAUACCAUGAAGUUAUUGUGAAAAUCUUAAAAAUAUUGCUCUAAAACAAGAAACAUACUAAAUUCUUGUUUUUCGUGUGCUGGCGAACACGGAACCUCAAAAUGUGCAGCGUAGAAGGAGAGGAGAAUCAUUUGGCCUCAAUGGCCUUAGCAGUAUCCUAUAGCAGUACAAAGGUGUCAUUCUUCGAUAUAAGUUGGCAGGAUGUGCUGAUACCUAUGGUAGCGGAUUUUCUUACACUCAAGGAUCUAUUUAACUUGCGUUGCUGUUCGAAAACUGCCAAACGCUUCGCCGAAGCUGCAUUUGAACGGCGCAAAGACAUUAACUUGGCCGGAAAUAAUAGCCACAAUGUUGAGUUAGCAUUCGCCGUGCUGGGAAAAUGCUGUCGUCGUGUAGAGAACUUGCACCUAGCACGUUGCCAUUGGUUAACAGAUGAAUACUUAUUGCCGUUAUUAGCUGAAAACAGACGCUUACGCGUAGUCAACUUGAAUGAAUGCGUGAAUAUUACGCCACUAGCCUUGCAGCCCAUCAUUAUAGAAUGCAAGGAGUUGCGCAUUUUGAAACUCUCUAAAUGCCAGUGGUUAACAACAGGCGCGGUAGAUGCGCUGACUUUACACCAUAGUAAUUUGGUGGAAUUCGACAUUUCAUAUUGUACAGCAAUUGGAGAGCGUUGUUUAAUAAUAUUUUUUAGGAAGUUAAACAAACUAAAUGUAUUAUCUUUAGCCAAUACACCCAGCGUGACGGACCAGGUGUUAAUACAGAUUGCCAACUACUGCCGCAGUUUGGAGCAUAUUAAUUUGGUGGGAUGCGCUGCCAUUUCCGAUUAUGGCAUACAUGCAAUCGCAACGUAUUGCACUCAGCUACGUUCACUACUCGUGCAACGUUGUCCGCGUGUAACGGAGCGUUCUUUAGCACCGCUACGCAAACGCGCGCACAUCGAUCGACAAAGUCAAUUAGACAUGUAUCUGAACGAUUUCUAUCCCAGUGAUUUUCUUAUUUAUUAAGCUUACAAAAGCAAAAGCAAUUACUAAGACAACUAAGACAGCGGAGUUUAUUUCUGCUCUGCUUUUCGUUUAUUUGCAGCGCUCUAACAACAACGUGUCAGCAACUCCAAUCGUUGAUGGUGCAUCGAUGUCCGAAUGUGACUGAGCGAGUAUUGGCGCCUCUACGUGGUCGUCUCUUCAUUGAUCGACCGCAACUGGGCUAUAACAUACCGGCAUUGCAGGGGCAUAUU